UACUGCCGCUGGUUCUGUAGCCGCCGCCUGCUGCUGCUGCUGCUGCUGCCUGUUCAUGAAUGCUAUGGCGGUUCGCUGAACGCGAAACGCGUGAGCUGGUCCCGUAAGAAAGACCUCUAGUGCUCCCUUCCUGUACGAUUCGUUUCUUCUACUAAUGAUUCGCCAACAAAUACACCAAAGGAUGCCGAGAGCGCGAAAAAAUAAGGCACAGUAAACGAUUGUCGUAGUAGACGAUACUAGAAAAACUAGUUCUGCCUGCUUUUCGUUCAGAAGUAACCUUUCUGUGUGGAAACCUGCGUGAUUAUUUAUUGAGUGGUGGGCCCAUGAACUGUGAAUCUGUGAGGUGCUACUGCAGACGUUCUGUGCAAGCCCCGACGCGUAUGUACGACGUGAGAGAUAUGGAAAACAUUUCGCUGCUUUUUGCAAGAUGCGUGGUGGCCAUCGGGAUAUUGGUUUUAGCACCGGCUGCUGCGUCAGCCGGUGGAACACAAGAUAGUCCCGAACUUCACAAAAUUUAUAUCGAUGCCACUCUACGUAUGGGAGAAAAGGUCGAUAUAAUGUGUUCCCUUAAAAGGGGCUCGCAGCCGGUCAGUUUUACGUGGUAUAAAGAUAAUCGUCCAAUCCGCGCUGGCCAAGAUGGCUACCAGUUAGAUGAGUUAAGUAGCAAAAGUAUAUUGACGAUUGAACGCAUCGAGAGACGGCACAUAGGCAAUUAUACAUGCGGCGUAAACAAUGCCCUCGGGACAGACUCGUAUACCGUUCCUGUUGUCGUAGAAGCUCCUCCGUCGUGGAGCCUGACGCCUUCAGAUACAACGGCCCCUACCGCUGGGCGUGUGCUUCUUCACUGUGCGGCCGUUGGCUUCCCGCUGCCCAGGACAAGCUGGGCCCGUCAGAGUGGAACUCGAGAAGAGUUUGUUCCUAUACAAGAUACAGACAGGAUCACUUUGCAUAAAAAUGGAACACUUAUAAUUAACAAUGCAAAGGUUGAAGACGCUGGAAUGUACCGGUGCGACGCAGAAAAUACGCACGGCAAACUCCGCCAGGCGUUAACGCUCACGAUAAGUGCUCCGCCGACAAUAAUUGAGCACGACGAAACUUCAACGAUCAGACGCGGUCAUAGCGUUAAAAUGCGAUGCGAAGCCACCGGCGACUCACCGAUGACGCUCAUCUGGACCAAGGAUGAACGGCUCUACCAAAACACCUACGUUGAAGGUUAUGACAUCAUCCAGCGGGUGAUGCCGGGUGGGGUUCGAUCCGAGCUUCUAAUCCACAACACGACCCCGGGUGAUGCAGGAAUAUACACCUGUAAGGUGUCGAAUCCGUUCGGCCAAGCCUUGGCACUUACCCGCCUGCAGGUCCUCGAACCUCCAUUUCCUCCAUUGGCUAUCCGAGUAACAAACAUUGCAAGUAAACAGGUGCGGUUAAAUUGGCAGCCGCCAAUUUCGGUCGUGAAUAACUACAUCGUCAGAUACUGGAAAGAGGGUAGUGGUGUAUCGAAGAUAAGCCGUAAGCUCUCGGUGCUGUCAAUAGUUGGAUCGGAAACUUCUGCAUUUUUGGCGGAUUUGCACCCGGGCACAACUUAUGGGGGUUAUAUGCUCUCGGAAAACGGAGUUGAUACCUCCGGCGAGUCUGGCUUCUUCAGAUUCACGACUUUGGAAGAACCCCCGAACGCAUCACCUCUCGACGUCAAACUCCUUGGUGUUGGAGCCAGGUUCCUCAAAAUUCAAUGGAAGGCGGUUCCCGAAGACCAUAGAAAUGGGAAAAUUACCGGCUACAAUGUUGGCCAUAAACAGUUUGAUUCGGAUGUCCCAUUCACCUUCGAACAAGUGCAGGGUGAGCCCGGAGAGGCGAUUAUACGCGGUUUACAACCAAACACAAAAUACGCCGUUGUCGUACACGGAUUCAACUCGGCUGGUUCGGGACCACCCAGUCAUCGAUUAGUCAUUACGACUCUGGAUAAAGACCUUCCUGGUCCACCGAACUUCGCCGUCUCUCACGUUACCUCGAAAUCGGUUUCGGUGCAAAUUCGUGAGAAAGCAAUUACAAGUCACGUGACUCAAUUUGUGUUAUCGUAUCGGGAGACCGGUAUCGACCCAUGGAAAAGCGUAUUUUUCCCACCACAUACCCACACACUGAACGUGGAAGGACUCCGUCCAGAGACCAACUACGAAAUCACGAUCGCUUCUUACAGCGUCCACGGACGGGGUGAAAGCUCAAAACCGAUGGCAUUUAAGACCACAGCAAACGAUGAGGCAUCAAAGACGAUCCUUGCCGCCCAUAGCGGGCUCCUGACAGCGGAAAACGUCGAAAUCGUCCUGAGUGAGCCUCGCCUAUUUCUUCCAUUGCUGUUCUGCCUGACCCUUGUUGUUUCAUCAAUCGUCACGGCUUACGCAUGCUAUAAGCGCGUUGUAGCCAAGUACACGGUGUUCAAUAGUCCUACAGGAGGAGCGCCGGUACUUCAAUACCAGACAGUUCAGGGCCCCUACGGAGUACUCGAACGAGAGUACUGCGUUCUCCAACAAAAGCUCUAUGGCGCUGCUGGUGGAGGCUAUUACGGAAUGGGGAAAAAUGGAGAAAUGAUGUACGAUAUGCCGUACGAUGCCGUCAUCAGCACAUCGUUGCCCGUCCAUAAUGCUGCAGCUGCUCAGCAAAUACCUGAAUCCACUUCGGCUGAUACCGUUGCAGCUCUGGCACAGCCAAAGGACUGUUACACGAUGCUGAAGGGAAAAGACAAUCGACAAUCGUACAUUGUAGCGCCCGCCGUUCCCGAAAAGGACGAAGCUUUGCGAGCCACCCUUCGCGCCGAAAAGGCGAUGAAGAUCCGUAAAGAACUUCAGGAGGCUCGCGCGAACGGCACCAUUAUUCAAGCUGAUAUUCAUUCAUCCGAUGACUAUGUCAACGAUGAGAGCGAGGCAAAGGAUGGCACAUUCAUACAGCCCACGGAGAACUCAGAUCCCGAAGACACAGAUAACGACGGCGAUGAUAUGGAGGAGCCCGAGAACCAUACGGAGCCAACUGAGCUUGGAAACUCCUCUACCGGAGAUUCCAAUCCGGACGUUAAAGGAGACACGUCCGACCGAAUGGAUGCGACCGAACUUUUAAUGAAGAGUCCAUCAGAUACUGCGGUGAUUCCUAUUGAGCCGGAACCUGCACCACCUGCUCUACCCGCGAAAAUGAAGCAUUUACUCCCAUCUCCGACGGCACUAACACCAGUCCCUUUUUCGGUCACCAUGCCAACCAUCGAAACAGAUAUUGAAGGUCCGAUAUCUUCAACGACACCUAUUCACAUCGUUCCGGAUCUUCCGUCACCCCCUGUUGAUGACUACGAUGUCAACUGGCCGGCACCCCCGCCUCCGGAGGGGCUCGAGUAACUAGUUAAGCUGCAGCGAAUGUGAUGCGUCGCAUGCCUCAUGGUGCGGGAUCAAGGAGAACGUUUCGUUCCGAGAGAUGCGCAAAGCGUGCGAUAGCUACACUGUCAUCUAGUCAUUUUAGUUGAUCGAGUCAUCCUAAAAACAUGGAAUAAUGGCGGUACUUUAUGCAAUAAGAAGACAGGGAAGUAAACAGGCGUACACACAUGAAUAUAGUAAACAAAGGGGUAUGAAGUCGGUUCUAAAAUGCUGACUAAUAGAAGUAGCCGAAAUUGGCGAUCUACUUCUUAUGAAGGAACGUAAGCCUACUGAACCGUUUCGACCUGUCAGAACCUAUGGAAACGGAUCGAAAAGCGUGUAACAGUUGAAACAGUUGUGCCAGAACAUCGUUGAACAUUGAAAAUCGCAAUGGUAAGGAUAGAGCUAAGAGAGUAGCCUGGAUAUAUACGUGCGUUACGACAGCCUAUGUACGCAUGCUAAGAGGCAUUCAACUUCAGAGUGACAAAGCUGUGGCUGUAUGUGAACCCGUGCUUACGUCGGUUACUUUUUUUUUAGGUUAGGUUUGUGGGCUCCGCUAGUUGAUUGGUGAGCGAUUGUGUGACUGCAGACAAUAUCGGAUGUUAAUAGUGAAGUGACUGCGAUAUAUAAUCCUAAUGUGGAAAGUACGCUGGGAAAACUGAAAGUAUUUGUACAUGAAAAAAAGUACUGCGACUGCGCAAAUCGUCCCUAUAGGUAUAUGAAGCACUUUUAAUAGUGAAUUAUAAAAAUAUGCAAAGAUGGUAUUGAACAAGGAACAUGCAGCUGCCAGGUGAGCCUUGCACGAUGGUGUGCCGGUGGUGCCAUUUCGAAAAUUACCACUAACCGUACAAAGAAAGACGUGCAACGAUUCCAAUAAUGAGCGACAUGCAACAUGUGCACUAUAGACAAUCUAGGAAGGCUUAAAUUUGAUCUAGGCGAGUAAACCACAUUUUCUUACUGACACCCAUAACAAAUCUUCUAUAGGCUCUAGCGAAUAUACGCGCGGAUACGUCUGAACAGCUUGCCGCUCAAAGUGCAAGAAACGAUAAAGUUCACGCCUUAUUAGUAACGAUGGUAAACAAGCUGACUUACUGAAUGGGAACACGGACAAUUAUGGGACGAUGUCAAAUAAUACUACACACUAUAGCGAUGAUACCAGACUUUUUAUCAGAACAACGUUCAGGUACUUCCUGAUAUCGCGGGUGCUACUAUUAAAGGCGUUUAGUCGUACGGACACUAACGUUGACACUCAAGAACGCUCACGACGUAUUGGAGUCGGGUGGGCUGAGAGAAAGCAUGCCGGAACUAGCUCACGGGUGGGCUGAGACGAUAUAUUUAUAAACACAAUUUACGGAAAGCGUAAAAGACAGCGUGAGUGUAGGUGACGCAGAUGAUUGAGUUUUCGAACAAAUAUUCAUGUGCGAUUUCGGUAAUACGUAAAAAGUAUAUACUGCCAAGUGAUUUAAUGGCGAUCAACAAAGCGGUACGAAUGGAAGCCCCACCGGUGUACUUCAUCUGGUAACAUAUCUAGUACAUCUAAUGGUUGUUAUAUAAUAUUUGCACUUUUUUUUUUUUCUAUUAUUGUAUUUCCAUUUCUGUGAUUUGGGGAUAUGAAACAAACGCGAAGUAACAUGAUUCAAAUAGAGGCUGAGCCGACACACAAGCAUGAUAUUACCGUUGGCUAUAUACGGCAACACUAUAUACAUAGCAUUUGUAUUAUUUCUACGUUUUGUAUAAUACUGCUAACUGUGUAAAUAUAUAAAAGACGAAUAA